AUGGCCAAGAAAGCUAAGUCCCGUGUGAUGAUCGUCCGGCUCUUGUCCAUGGCCGCGACGGGUUAUUUCUACACCUUCAAGCGUCUCCGGACAGCUUCACCCAUGAGCAUGCUUAAAUACGACCCGAUUAUCCGCAGAAAGGUUCUGUUCCUGGAGCAAAAGAAGAAGGGCAAAUGA